GAUUAUGAAUUUAGUUUUGUUGCAUGAAGCCUUUCAGUUUCGCCACCACAUUGCAAGCGCUAGCUACUCCAAAAUUUUCACUCUCUCUAUCUCUAAAGCACUUUUUUUUUUUUUUUCAAUUUUCUUUCCAUUUUAAAUAACUACUCUAUAUUGUGUUUGAAGACUCUUCAUCCAGUUAUGGCUUAUUGGGAUGCUCGUCUGAUGUUUGAACUGUAUUUAUUUGAUUAUCUGAGAAAAAAUAACAUGCAUCAAACGGCUGAGAUUUUCUACAGAGAGGCCAAUCUUACAUUUGAUCCUAGUAUGCCUGCUGCAAUAGAUGUUCUGAAGGGGUUUUUGCACGAGUGGUGGUCAUUUUUCUAUGACAUGUAUAGAUCACGGCAGCUGACGGAUUGUGGUUCCCAGCAGAGUCUAUCAAAUAUGGUUGAGCAAAUGAUGGAAGCUAAGCAACAACUUGAUCCUUCUCCGUCCAGAAACUAUGUAAUGGAUGAGCAAACAAUUUCACGCUCGCUAGCUAGUGCUGAUUCUGACACUGGGGUCAAUCCAAUGGAAUCAAUGGGGUUCCCUUUAAUAGUAGCAGAUCCAAGUCCCUUCAGCAGCUCAUCAUUGUUGCAUCAACAAGAUAUAUUCACAUCCACAUCCACAUUGAAUCUUCCUGGAAGCUUUCUCAAUUUAACUUCUCAAGAAGUGGGCAGUUUGGUUUUUGAAGCAGCAAAAAAAGCUACUAUUCCAUCUGACAAGAGCUCGGGUCUAUGUGAAAAGGAAGAGAAGAGGAAGAAAGGCGAACGUGAAGGUGCAAACCAUGGAAUUGACAGAAGGCACCAGCGAUAUCAAUAACAGAAAGCAGCGUAUUGGAGCGGAAGGCACCAGUCCAAAAGCUGUUGGUGAUAGUGUUGGUAGCAAUAUUAGUAAGCAGCCCAGGGGAGCUCCAGAUGGCAGUAUUUUAGUGGCGGAAAGGACAACAGACAUGCAGCAAAAGUUUAGGAGUAUGCUGGAAGAGAUGGAGAUUGUGAAAACAUGGGACGCUGAGCUGGCAUCUGAGGAUUGGGUGGGCGACAGUAAGGAGGCCAGAAAUAGGGAGCUGGGAGAGGAAGGAGCACACUUUUGAGAAGAAAAGAAAGGAAGGGAGUAGGGAGAGUCCUAGCCUCUCGAAAGCUGGUGGGUGUGUGGGUUUUAUUUUGCUUGAGUUACUGUAAUGAUUUAUCUUUUGGAAUGUUAUUGUGCUAGUUGGGGAAUUUCAUGUGUGUUAGUUUCCGGAGAGGUUGAUUACUUGUGUUGAUGGGAGUAGGCAGUGUAAUCAAACUCAUCAUUUGAUAUAAUGCUCCAGUUAGAUUAAUUG